AUGGAUUUAACCAAAGAAAGAAUAGACAAGCUUAAAGAACUAGAAAAAAAGAUGGCACAGCUUCUAGACAAAUUAAGAAAUGAGUACUCCUACACGCUGGGUGACCCCCUGGUGGACAAGGAGGGGUAUCCGCGGAGCGACAUUGAUGUGUACAUGGUGUGCAAGGAAAUAGAAGAGUACAAAAAGGCCAAGCAGGAGUGGGCUCCCCUUAGAAAGCUAGUGGAGGAGGAGCUUCUGAACCACUUUAGGCCAGAAACCCCGUAG